AUGAAUGCAGAUGAGAUACGCAAGGCGCAACAGGCCUCACGAGAUGCCUAUCUGCGCAAACAGGCGUUAAAGCGAGAAAAGGCCGCAUCCGCUGUAUUGCAAGAGAAACUUGCAGAGAUUGAAGCUGGUGUCAUUCCACAGUCUCUAACAGAAAUUGAGUUGUUGACGAAACGUGCAAAGGAGGUACAAAUAGCCGCACAGUUGCAAAGUACAGCACAGAUGCGACAGGAACGUAUUGAUCAGGAUGGUCCUGUAUCCAAACACCAAUCUGAACAAGAACGGGAUGUUGUAAAUACACUUGAUAAUAAAUCAGAGCUUUUAUUUCAAGAGGGAAUACCACCAAGUUUUAAAGAAGAAAAUCAUAAUUAUGUGGAAAUGGAUAAAUCUGUAAUUAAUGAACGUAUUGAAAAGCAUGCAUUUGUUGAGGAAAAAACAGAAGAUCAAAUUAAACAAGAACGAGCAGAAGCAUUACAAAAUCAACAAUCUCGUCUUCAAGAACAAAGACGUUCACUUCCUAUUUAUCAAGUACGUGAUACACUUAUUAAACUUAUAAAAAAUAAUUCUGUAGUGGUAAUUGUAGGUGAAACAGGUUCUGGUAAAACUACUCAAUUACUUCAGUAUUUAUAUGAAGAAGGUUUUCAUGAAAAUCUACUACCACUAAAUACAGAAACUCCUAUAGAAGAAAGUAAUUCUAAAGAUAAAAGUACUAUACAAGAAGAAACUCCUAUAAAACGAUUAAUUUGUACUCAACCAAGGCGUAUUGCCGCUAUGAGUGUUGCCGAGCGUGUUGCUCAAGAGAUGGGAACACGUUGUGGAAGUAUUACGGGAUAUAAAGUACGUUUUGAUGAUCGUUCAGGUCCAUUAACACGUGUUCUAUUUGUAACAGAUGGUAUGAUGUUAAAAGAACUUGUAAAUGAUCCAGAUCUUCAUAGUGUUGCGGCUAUUAUGGUGGAUGAAGCUCAUGAACGUUCUCUCAAUACAGAUAUUCUUCUUGGUUUAUUAAAAGAUAUUAUAAGACGUAAUAAACAGUUACGUGUAAUUGUCGCUAGUGCGACUAUUAAUGCAGAUAAAUUUAGUAAUUUUUUUAAUGGUGCACCUAUUUUUACAGUAACUGGACGUACAUUCCCUGUUGAAGUCUCAUACCUCACAGAACCCGUUGCCGAUUAUGUGAAGGCCAGUGCUGAAUCUGUUCUUUUACUACAUGCGACUAAACCUCUUCCAGGUGAUAUUCUCGUCUUUUUACCUGGACAAGAUGAUAUUGAGAAUUGUGCGGCGGCUAUUCGUGAAGGUAUAGCGAAUGCUGGAGGACAAUUACGUCCUUUACUAGUACUACCAAUCUAUUCUUCUCUUCCACCAUGGGAACAGAAACGUAUUUAUGAAGCUCCUCCACCAAAUACUAGAAAAGUUGUAAUUGCUACUAAUAUUGCAGAAACAUCUAUUACUAUUGAUGGAGUUGUAUAUGUGGUGGAUUGUGGAUUAUGUAAACAAGAUUAUUAUAAUCAUCGAGCCAUGGUAGAGGAAUUACGUGUAUUACCCAUUUCUCAAGCUAGUGCUACUCAACGAGCAGGACGAGCUGGUCGAACCCAAAAAGGAGAUUGUUAUCGAUUAUAUACAGCAUAUACUUUUCGAAAUGAAUUUCCACAAGAAACCGUUCCAGAAAUUUUACGUUGCUCUAUGAGUUCUGUUGUUUUGCAGUUGAAAGCCCUUGGUAUCAAUAAUUUACUCCAAUUUGAAUUUAUUGAUGCCCCUUCUACAGCUUCAUUGGAACGAGCUUUAGAUCAUUUAUAUCUUUUAGGAGCAAUGAAACAAGAUGGACGAUUAACACUUACAGGUCGACGGAUGGCGGAAUUCCCAAUGGAUCCAUCAUUAAGUAAAUGUAUUAUUCGGGCAAAUGCAUUAGGUUGUCUACGGCAUAUGUCUAUAGCUGUAGCGAUGCUUACAUUAGAUUCUAUUUUUGUCACCACACGUGAUUCUAAAGAACGUAUUGCGAUGUUAAGUGCGAGAGAUAAACUCUUCUCUGCGGGGAAUGGUGAUGUUGUGGGAUAUGUACGAUUGAUGGAAGAAUGGUUACGUGCAGGACCGUUAAUGCAAGAGUUCUGUCAAACACAUUCUGUUAACGCCAAAUCUCUUCUCCGAGCUCGAGAUGUAUUAGAUCAAAUACUAAAGACAUGUGAACGUGUAGGUUUUGAAUUACCCAGUAGUACAGAAGAUGUUUCACUCUCUCUUGAGACUUUUACAAAGGCAUUACUUUCGGGAUUUUUUAUGAAUGUCUCAAAACUGAAUAUUGACAGACGAACCUAUUUAAUAGUUCGUCCAAUAGAUUCAACUGUAAGUCGUAAUCAUGGCAACCAUACGAAUUCCUCUUUAAAUGGUGAAGAAGUGGCAACGGCUGAAUUACAUCCAUCUAGUUAUCUCUUCCGUUCGGGAAUGGCCCAACAAGAAGAGAAGAAUAAAGAAGAUGCGCUUCUUUCAACUGCACCAGUUCUACGCGAGAGACCACAACUUGUGGUUUUCACACAAUUACGGUGCACAACAAAGCGGUAUAUGAUGCAUGUUACUGCUGUUCCAUCUGCAGAGUGGGUACUGGCGGCAGCACCUGUGAACUACUUUACAAAGGAAGAGUUGGAGGCGAAUCUGCGAAAGCGUACACAUGAUUAA